CGCCCCCCCCGCCAUGUCGCGGCCGCCGGUGCGGGUGCUGCGCCUGGGGCUGCGGCCCUACGCCGAGGCGCUGCGGGUGCAGGAGCGCUGCGUGCGGGCGGCGCGGGCGGCGCGGCCCGGCCCGGUAGCGGAGCCGAUGGCGGAGCCAGUGGCGGCCCCGGGCCCGGUGGCGGUGGCGGGGGAGAGCGUGGUGCUGAGCGAGCCGGCCGGGCCCGUGUACACGUGGGGGCUGCGGGGCGCGCCGGGGCCGGCGGAGGCGGCGGGGCUGCGGGCGCGGGGCGCGGCGCUGGCGGCGGCGCGGCGCGGCGGGCGGAUCACGUUCCACGGCCCGGGGCAGCUGCUGGCCUUCCCGGUGCUCGACCUGCGCCGCCGCCGCCUGCCGCUGCGCGGCUACGUGGCGGCGCUGGAGGCGCUGGUGCUGCGGCUCUGCCGCCGCCUGGGCCUGGCGGCCGCCCGCGCCCUCCCGCCGCCCUUUACCGGCGUCUGGGUGGGCGACAGCAAGCUGUGCGCCAUCGGGGUGCACUGCGGGAACCACAUCACCUCCCACGGGCUGGCACUGAACUGCUGCACUGACCUCACCUGGUUCGACCACAUCGUCCCCUGUGGGCUGGAGGGGAAAGGCGUCACCUCGCUGAGCCGGGAGCUGGGGUGGCAUGUCACCGUCGACCACGUCCUCGAGCCCUUCCUCGACUCCUUCCAGGAGGUGUUCGACUGCAGCUUGGUCUUUUCAGAAGACCCCGGGGACUAGGAGAGCCAUGGCGCCUUGGCUGGGUGUUUUGGCAAACCCUCAGCGCGUCUGAUGAACAGCGCAGCAGCUGCCCUGGGCUUUGUUGCAAGACGAGCGCUCUCGUGCCUUUGCCUGUAGACCACGUGUGAACGGUGGCACAGAGGGGUCUGGGCUGAUGCUUAAACAUCCGUGCUCUUCCCAGCCCCAUGGGGCUCCAUCCCUUGGCUGAGACCUCCAAGGGUACCUGUCACUCACUGGGGAGGUGCUCAAAUAGGUGCUUUUGUGGGGGGUUUCUGCCUCUCCCCCUUCCAAAAAGCCAGGAUUUGGGUUAAUGCUCAUGUGCCCUUUGGACGAGAGGAAGAAGGACCAAGUUGAGCAGAUUUCCCUUGCUGCCGUGUAAAGAGAGGCACAUUUUCUAUAGAGAGUAAAAGAGAGUUGCUGAGAA